AUCGUUAACAAUACCUCAGCAGAGCCAAAAUUGGGUAGAAUUAACUUGAGUCUUCAAGCCCGUGAUAAGGCAAUAAUGGCAUGUCGUAGACAUCGUACUUCUGGAACAGAAAUAGCAUUAAAAGUAGUAGCUUCAUACAAUAAUGCAAGUGAAGUCGACCUUCAGUAUGUUCAUAAAGCAGAUAAAGAUCUGUAUACCGAAAAACAAUUAAAAAGACUUAUUGAACGAGAUGAUUGUUGGCUACAUGAGGAUGCUGGCUCAUGGACUAUUUUAGACCAAUUGAUUACUACAGAAUUAAAAUUGCAAGGAAAG